AUGGCAAAAGGUGAUAAAGAAUUAGAAAAACCCAUAGUGAAUAAUGAACUUCCAAACCCGGAGUGUCGGAGUACAGACCAUGAAGACUCGGAAUCCGUCCCGGAACAACCACUUGAUAUAGGAGAGCAUUAUUUGGUUCGGCGGUCGGAUGAGUCAUGGCACCCGGCUGAGAUAAUACAAACGCGGUACAAUGCCGCUGAGGGCUGCUACGAGUAUUACGUACAUUAUGUCGGCUAUGAUAGAAGACUCGACGAGUGGGUAUCCCGCCACAGGGUUAUGUCAGAUCGAUUUGACUUGUGCGAACAGUCUAAUAACAACAUAAACUGCGAUCACUUGCUUACCGACAAAUCUGGCCGAAAAAUAACAAGAAACCAAAAACGUAAACAUGACGAAAUUAAUCACGUACAAAAGUCUUAUGCGGAGAUGGAUCCUACAACUGCGGCACUGGAAAAGGAACACGAAGCAAUUACAAAAGUUAAAUACAUCGAUCGCAUUCAAUUUGGCAAAUAUGAAAUAGACACAUGGUACUUCAGCCCCUACCCAGAUGAAUAUGGUAAACAAUCGAAGCUUUGGAUAUGCGAGUACUGUUUGAAGUAUAUGAGAAUGGAAAAAACUUACAGAUAUCAUUUAAGCGAGUGCACGGCGCGACAACCUCAAGGUAGCGAAAUUUACAGGAAAGGUACCAUAGCAAUAUUUGAGGCAGAUGGCAAAGAACACAAAAUUUAUUGUCAAAAUCUAUGUUUACUUGCUAAAUUGUUCUUAGAUCACAAAACAUUAUAUUUUGAUAUAGAACAAUUCCUGUUUUACAUAUUAUGCGAAGUGGACAAACAUGGUGCACAUCUAGUUGGCUACUUCUCUAAAGAGAAAGAUUCUCCAGAAGGGAAUAAUGUUGCAUGUAUACUCACACUACCUCCAUUUCAGAGACAGGGCUAUGGUAAGCUACUGAUAGCCUUUAGUUAUGAACUGUCAAGGCUUGAACAUGUUGUUGGCAGUCCUGAGAAACCAUUAUCAGACCUCGGAAAACUCAGCUAUAGAUCAUACUGGUCAUAUGUAUUAUUAGAAGUGUUGAGUGUUAGUAGAGGGACAUUAAGCAUCAAGGAUCUGAGUUCAAUGACAGGUAUAUCUCAGACAGAUAUAAUUUCAACUCUACAGUCUAUGAAUAUGGUGAAGUAUUGGAAAGGGCAACAUGUCAUUUGUGUUACACCUAAAAUAGUAGCAGAACAAUUAGCCAGUUCUCAUUUUAAGAAACCUCGAUUGUCAGUAGAUCCAGCAGCUUUGAGGUGGACACCUCCCAACAAGCAAGGGAAUUCGGCUAAAGCUAAAAAGUAG